AUGCAUUCACGACUUUCCGAAGAUACCAUCGAUCGGGUAAUCUCACAACACCACAACCAACAACAUCGUUUCUACCGCCCUGGACAUGGUGUGUUUGGACACCUGCCCGACCCGCCGAAACGCGUUUUUGAGAGCCAAGGAGGCCUGACCCAAGAAAAUGCACAGCGAGUUCAUUUAAUCAACGCGUUCCGUCGAUACGGUUAUCUGGAAGCCCAACUUGAUCCAUUAGGACUCAGAAAUCUUGAGAAGCACAAUGCUGGUCGAAAGUUUACAAUUAGAAUAAAAAUACUAACCCAUCUGGUCCAGCAGAUCCUUGAUAUCCUGGAACUCCGUCUUCUCCUUCAACUCCUGGUGGUCCAGCAUAAGCAUCUCUGCCUGCUGGUCCUUCAGCUCCCUCUGGUCCUUGCUCUCCUGGUUGUCCACAGGCUCCUGGAGCUCCGUCGUCUCCUGGGGCACCAGUUGGUCCCAUCUCUCCUGGCAUUCCUGGUUGACCAUCUCUUCCUGGAUAUCCAGGUUGUCCACGAGCUCCACGCAUUCCACGGAUUCCUGGUGUUCCUUGUGGUCCUUGUGGUCCUGGGAGCCCUUGUGGACAAGUGA